UGAGAGGUUCCUGAGUGACGGAUACCACCACCAGCAGCUGUCCACUUUCGCACUCACCCUCCACCGCUAUCGCUCCACACUGGACGGCGCCAGCGUGCUUGUUGAUUUCUGGGACACAGCUGGCCAAGAGAGAUUUCAGACUAUGCAUCCGUCCUACUACCACCAGGCCCACGCAGCGAUCUUGGUGUUUGAUGCGACUCGGAAGAUAACGUACAAGAAUCUGUCGCUGUGGUACAAAGAGCUUAGGCAACAUAGACCAGAAAUUCCAUGCUUCUGUGCCGUCAACAAGAUAGAUGAAAACAAGGAUGUCGCAGGGAAGAAUUUUGCCUUUGCUGAGAAAAACAAUAUUAAUAUGUACUAUGUGUCAGCCUCCUCUGGUACCAAUGUUGUCAAGCUGUUCCAGGACGCGAUAAAGGCGGCUUUUGAGUAUAAAAAGAACCCAACAGAUAUCACAGAUCAAAUCAUGGAGGAGCUGGAGAUGGUGGGGUGAGGUGGUGGUGGUGGUGGUGGUAUUGCCACUGCCACUGCUACUACUACUACUACUACUACUACUACUACUUAAUCUAGUCAUAUUCUAGUCAAAUGAAGAAGAUCCAACAACAAUAAUAAUCAGUGUUUAUUUAUAUAUUUUUUCACACACACACACACACACACACACACACACACACACACACACACUUAAGGAAAAGUUGGAUAGAUAUAGAUAUGGAGACAGUCACAAUGAGGGCCACUCGAACCCUUUACUAUACAACUAGCUAAAUACACACCUUCCCGACCAUCCAUCCCCCCACACACACACACAAUAACGAAAGACAA